AUAAUUUUUUAUUAUAUUUUAGUAAGAAUUUAUGAUAUAAAGUUAGUGCCACACCUAAUAUUUGCGUAAAAUCGCCAGAAUGGAGAGGCGAGAUGGUCCUCCUCCUCAAUACAGGACUAGAAGAAGGCGAACCAAUGCUCUUGGAUGUACCUGUGACUGUAACUAUGCACGAUCCUUGCAAGGUAUUUGCAAAGUUGUUCAGAUAUGCAUUAUAGGAUUAGCGUGGAUCAUGGUUGCUGCAUCUCCGUACUGGAGACCAAUCUUUGUCAUGGAAGGCAUUACAUGGCCGUUUCAUGUGGUAAUGCUUCUUAGCAUUUGGGUUUGGCUCUCAACAAUUUUCAUGUAUUGUCUGUUUAUGAGCGGAUAUCAUUUAUCCCAAAGCCAUAAAAAUUGGCCCAAAAUUGAAUUCAUUUUCAAUAUGGUAAUGGUGAUUAUGGUGUUGAUAGCAGCGGCAUUAGAAGCUGGAAAUGUGUGGCGUUGGGAUAUGAGCAGAGGUAGUGUUUUAACAGGUGGCACGGCUUAUUCCUCAUACUAUCAAUAUGGAUUAAGGCCUGGAAUGUCAUUUACACAAACUCUAAAUUUCAACUCCUAUUGUGCUCAGAGGCCGUAUGAUUGCUCCGAUUAUUUCAAUCUUCUUGCUGGAAAUAAUUCGUAUUACACCAAUCAUCUUUUUGCUGUCGUACUCUUGAUUUUUGGUCUCAUCGCAUAUCUCGUAUCAACCUUCUUCGCAUGGAGAACGUGGAGAGUAUUCGAGCGUGAUAUGUAUAAACCAGGAGAAAUGCCGAAACCGACAGUUUGGAUGCGCAUGCAGUAUCGCGUCGAAAAGGCGACAAACCAUGUUCGAGAUAAGGCAAAUAAAUUGAUGCGUCGCAAUGCUGACAACGAAAAUGCUGAGAGCGAUGAAGAAGCCGGUGACGAUAUACAAGAAAUUACAACUAUAAAAGAAAACGGAAAUGACACACUCGCUGUCGAAUCUGGUUUCGAGAAAGAAUCAUCAAGAAGCGACGGAAGAAGAUCUCGUGCACAUUCACACAUGUCACAUCAUACAUCACACACACACAAAUCUUCACAUAGCGAUAGGAAAUCACGCCACACCAGUUCGAGAUAUGAUGAAAAUGACCGUUCAUCACGUUCAUCAAGUAGUCAUCAUCACAGGCACAAAGAUACUGACCAAUCCUCGACUGGUCAUCGUAGUCACCAUAGCACGUCCAAAUCCAAGACCAUUCAUGAAGAAGCACCCCCGCCAUACGCAAGUAAUGAAGUCCCUCUCAUACAUGCUCAACCGGUGAGUAAACUACCAAAUCUCAGUCUCAAAAAAGGAUCCAAAAAAGCGAAAAAGGGGAGUUCACCACCAGUGAAUAUGUCACCAGUGGCGUCUGUAAUGAUUUGAGCCAACAUGUUAAUAUGAGAAUUACUGAAGUUUAUGAGAAAAGCCUGAGCUUGUGGAAAAUUAACUUUGCUAUGUCUGAAUGGCGUGGAUGGUACAUUUUUGUAUGUGAUACAACUUUAUACAUUUGGUGUUAAACACAUUAUAUCAUUUUUAUAUCAAGUUGGUACUCGUCAUUUAAUUUUAUUCUUUUUUUAAUUAACUUGAACAUUUUUUGAAGCUAAUUAUGAGUUGGAAAAAUUUGCUGAUAAAAAGUGAUGCGAUAUUUGGCCAAGCAUGAACUAAUCUGAAUUUAACAAAAAUCACAUGUCUUUGUUGGGAUGUUUCGACACUUUAAAACGGAAAAUCAAUCGGAAAUUUCAUAGUUUCGCAAUGCUUUCGGAUUUUUUUAUGGAAAUGACCAAGUUAAGAAUAUACCGGUACCUGUAUUCACUAUUUUGUAUUAAAGAUAUUAUUUUAGAAUAAUAAAAUAAGAAUUUUUUAGUGUUUUAUUCCAUAAUUUUUAUAAGAAAGCUCAUUUUUUGAUAGAUAGAUUUAUCAAGUUUAUCUGUAUUUUAGUAUCUGAUGACCAAGUUUAAUUUUAUUUUCUUAGAUUUUUAGUUUACAUCGUUCAUAUUCUGUAAAAUAGUGGAUUUUUUAAUACAAUUACCUAAUACAUAUUGUGAUUUUUUAACUCCCAAAAACAGGUGCCUUGAUUUUUUAUUAAAGAUGUACAUUGUGACUAUAACGACCAGGUCCACCAUUUGAAGUUAUGAAGAGUUGAUGAAAUUUACUAUUUAAAUAAAACUGGUGCUGUUUUCAAAAAGGAAUUUUUUUCGAUACUGUUUUAUCUUCUUUACUAUAUAUUUGGUUUAUGCCUGAUUCAUAGAUAUGAGAUGAUUCAUCUAUGUUCAACUCGUUUUGUUAUUGAAAAUCUAUUUUUGUUUAAGUUUGAUUAUUAAUAAGAACCUUAAAUUAUUAGUUAUUGACCAAAUAUGAUAAUCAAUAAUUCUCAUUGUGAUUUCAAUCUAUAAGUUAUACCUAUUUAUAAUUUGUACAAAUUGAUCUCAUCAUUGUAAUGUUUCUCUUGAACUUGAAGUACCGUAAUUAUGGUAUAAACCUAUUCCUGAUCAAAUUGUGUGCUAUUAUGAAUUUUUGUUUUUGUUUAUUAUGAUUUUGGUGCUGUUAUUGAUUUAUUUUUGUAUUGUAUUCAUGUAUUUUUGUGACUUUUUUAAACAUAACUGACCUGAAUCAGUUAAAUUGCAUUUUGGAGAAAAUACUUGCCAUUCUCACAUUACGCUAUAUUUUUUUAAUAUUUUUGAUUGUUUACUAAUUGUUUGGUUCACUGAGCAUCGAUUACAGCGAACGUCAGAGUUUAGGUCAUGUCAUUUUUUGAAAACCUAGAAUCUAACCAAAUUUCAUGAUUGUCAUAAUUAUACUACUUACCAGUCUAGCAUCGAGUAGUAACAUCCAGUAAUUAUACUACCAGUCUUUCCUUAUUUACUAACAUCUAUAUAGUACUACAGAGUACAGACCCAAAAAUACGGAACUCACAUCAUUUGGAAAAUAUUCUAAAGAGUACAUGACUUUUGUGCAAAGUGUCCUAGGCCAUGAUUUGUUGAAACUUUUAGGUUUAUUAAUCAUACAUAAACAAAUCAUAUCCUAGAUGUGAUAACAGAAUUUAAUUGGACAGUCUAAAAAUGUUAUUUCCAAGUUCAGUUGUUUACAAUGCUGCUUACUGGCAGAAAUUUUAUUUUUAGCUGCAGUAUGUUAGGACCUUAUUCAAGUGCGGUAUUUCCAGACCUUUAUUGAGAACUUAUGCUCAGCUAAAUUUAUAUAAUGAUAAUGUUAGAAGAAAUUUUUUUUUUUUAAUUUUUUUAUAAAUCAAUUUGAGUUGAGAUUUUUUCCCAGGGUACCGAUAUUAUGUGAUUUUCAGCUUUUAAAAUAUAUUUUUAAAUUAAAAUUUAUGUUUAUAUAAAACAUUGAAGUAGACUUAAAUCAUAUCUAGACAACCUUAAAAUGUUGAUAAAAAAUGCCUAAAUUAUUGGAUUUGAAGAUUUCGUUGAUAUAAUUAGUAUUUUCUGAUUAAAUCACCCAUUUCAGAAAUUUUUGUUUUAUGUUUGUAUCAUUGUCAUUUCAUAUCACCAUUUUCACUAUGAUAUACAACUUGCACUCUUUUAAAAUUGCAUGUACUGUCAAAUUCAUAUGAUCUUUCAUAGUGGUACUGGUACAUCACUUUAAAAAUAAUCCUUACCUGAGGAAUUUCAGUUCUCAGAUACAGCGAUUGUUUUUCUAUAAAUAUGUUUACUGUAUUAAUAUUACCAAGUUUCAAAUAAUAUACAGAAUGUUUGGAAUUUCUAAUUAAGAUCAAUUAUUGACAUAAAAUGGGCCGAAUAUAGAUUUUAUUGUUUCGGGGAAAAAACAGUUUCCAUUCAACUUCUGCGCUGAUUACUAUUGAAUUUUCAGUGGUUUAAAUACUGGAUACUGGAAUUGUCAUUAUCGUUACUUAAUUUUUUAUUUUUUAAAGUUUCCUCUAGACUGCCUGGGGCCCUAAAUUUUGAGAUAUUUUGCUUUCAUUACGGCGAUCGGCCAUGUACGAUUGUUAUUUCUACCGAUACCGGAAUUUUGCUAUCUGUAUAUUGAAUUAUGAUAUACCCGUAUAUCAAAUUGUAGUCAUAAAAUUUGGAAUAUCAGUUACCGACUACCGUAACUGCUUUUGUAGAGCCUUAUUUGGAGAGAAAAGUAUAAAAGUACACCAUAAGAAUGUGAUAUCAUAUGAUUUAAAACUUCCCCUAUUUUAAUUAACAGCUCAAAAUUUGAAAUGUUUGCCAAAGAAGGAGUUUUAGACUAGUACCGUUUAUACUCUUUUAUUACAGUGGUUCUCACAACCUUUAUUCUCUUGUGGCCUAUUCUCAGGGUCAAAAAAACAUUUUCAACUAUCAUAAAAAUGUUCUGAUCAUUUAUAUAAACAAUACAGUAAAAGUGUUAAUGACCAAACUGAUCCUACUUAUUCAUUUGCUCAUUUAUCAGCUCGUCAAAUUGAACUUCCAAAUCUUGGUUCAAUUUUAGUCAUAUAUUUUUGCCCAUUUCAAAAAUCCUCGGGGGCCCACUUGAGAAAUACUGCUUCAGGGGUUUCGCAUUAUGUCAUGCAUCUACUGUUAUUUUUUUUUUCACUUCAACCUACGAGCAUGGUAUAUUGCAUCACACAUAAAAAUGCACACUGAUAAUGUGAAAUUUGUUUUUGAAUCGUUUUUGUAAAAAAUCACAUUCAUAUAUUAUCAUUGUAGUAUCUGCCAUAUAUUAUUUUCAUUUCAAUUCAUGGUAUUUCAUUUUCUAUAAUAAAAAUUGUACAUUUUUGGUAG